CGGUGGCUGGUGGCCUCAGACCUGCAGCAGGAAGUGUACCGCCACCUGGCCGUGUAUGUACCCAGAAUCCUUUGCCUGGGUCCUAGUGGGUGCAGCAGCAGGGAGGAGCAGAGGGAGGAGCAGAGGGAGGAUCUGGCCUGUCAGCUACUCCUCCUGGCUCCUCUGGAGUGGCUCCUGCUGGGGGAGGAGCCGGCCGCCGGCCUGGCCCUCCUGCAGGAGAAGAACCAGCCGUCACCGCUAUGUGGACACGUGUUCAAGGUGGGAGAGCCCACCUACUCCUGCAGGGAGUGUGCAGCCGACCCCACCUGUGUCCUCUGCAUGCAGUGUUUCCUGGGCAGCGUUCAUAAAGAGCAUCGAUACAGGAUGACCACGUCAGGAGGGGGAGGUUUCUGUGACUGUGGAGACGCUGAGGCCUGGAAGAAGGGUCCUUACUGCCAGAAACACACCCCUGCAGCCGACAACAGGGACGCAGAGGAGGAUCCUGUAGCUCAGCUCCCAGCUGACAUGGUUGCCCGUGGUUACAGCAUCUUCUCCAUCAUCCUGAAGUACGCUGUGGACAUGCUGACCUGGGACCAGGAAGACCAGCUACCUGCAGGACUGGAGCCCACGGAGAGGGCAGACACCUACUACUGCAUGCUGUUUAACGAUGAGGUCCACACCUACGAGCAGGUGAUCUACACUCUGCAGAAAGCCGUCAACUGCAGCCAGAAAGAAGCCGUCAGCUUCGCCACCACCGUGGACAGAGACGGCAGGAAGUCAGUUCGAUACGGAGAUUUCCAGUUCUGUGAACAGGCCAAGUCAGUUAUAGUGAGGAACACCAGCCGUCAGUCGAAGCCUCUCAGGGUUGAGGUGAUGCACUCGUCCGUUGUUGCUCAUCAGUGUUUCGCUCUGAGGGCUCUCAGCUGGUUGGGACAGGUCAUUCAGUACUCUGACGGUCUGAGGAGGAUCCUGUGUCAGGUCGGCCUGCAGAGAGGUCCUGAGGGAGAGAACUCCUCGCUGGUCGAUCAGCUGAUGCUCAACGACUCCAAGAUGUGGAAAGGAGCGAGGAACAUCUACCACCAGCUGCUAAUGAACAGCCUCCUCAUGGACCUCAAGUACAAGAAGAUCUUUGCCAUCCAGUUUGCCAAGAACUACAGACGCCUCCAGACAGAUUUUAUGGAGGACGACCAUGAGCGAGUGGUGUCAGUGACCUCGCUGUCUGUUCAGCUCUUCACUGUCCCGACCAUGGCCCGGAUGCUGAUGGUGGAGGAGAACCUGAUGACGACCAUCAUCAGGACCUUUGUGGAUCACCUCCGCCACAGAGACCUGCAGGGACGCUUCCAGUUCGACCGCUACACCGCCCAGCAGGCCUUUAAGUUUGGACGAGUCCAGAGCCUCAUCGGAGACCUCAAGUUAGGACCAGUUACAUACCAGUUUAUUCAUCAUUGAUAGACCAGUUUGUAC